CUUAACGAUCAGCGAUCAUUUACGAUCGUGUUGAGUGUAACGAAGGAGGUAGAGCAGCGUUAGAUCUAUCGGCUUUUUACGAAUAAUUUUCGUAGAGAUACGUUUUUCUUUUCUUAUCAUACAUUUAUCUUGAUUUAUUGGAUGCUUCGUAGAUUUUCAUGCGAUUUCAAUGCGCGAAGAGGGAAUUGUAACAUUACGAAUUCGAAUAUUCAAGGGUAGAGUAGCCUUUUCGAUUUUGACGUGGUCUCAUUAAGAUACGAUCAACGAAUACGAGUGUACGAAUAGAUUAUUUAAUUUAUCGACAAUUUUAUACGACCUAUUAUCUUCGUUUUUUCCCCUCCACGGAGCCGAAAAUGGCAAGGCCGACUAUAAGCAGGAUGAGCGCAAGAUAACGCGCGAAAAGUGUCCACGUUUUUCAAGGUUUAAACGAUCUUUUUGUGUGUAUAGUGUUACAAUGGAAAACUCAAUUCGUUUCUCGUUGUAAAUCUUAUUGUUAGAGAGAGCAAGAACGAGACAAAGAAAACAAGUAUUAACAGAGUGUAUGUAUGAGAGAAGGAAUUUGCGCGUAAGAAAGAGUAUAAGAGAGAGUGUGUGUGAGAGAGAGAGAAAGAUAAAGAGGGAGAGAGGGAGAGAGGGAGAGAGAAAGAAAGGGCGAGAGAGAGAAGAGAGAAGAAAAGAGACGGAGAGGGAGAGUAGGUUCAGUGGAUAGUGCGGUAAUACCGCGGCACGAGCGAAAAGCCCAGGAAAGAUCAUCGCGGUUGGGUAUUUGCAUUUUAAGAAUAUGAAUAUUGAAGAUUACGAAAGCUUGCCCACUACAUCGGUGGGUGUUAACAUGACGGCCGGUGCUUUUGCUGGGAUCAUGGAACAUUGCAUCAUGUAUCCAGUUGACAGUGUCAAGACCAGAAUGCAGGCAUUGAUUCCAGGCCCAGGCGGAGGAGGAGGAGUAGGAAAUGUACUCCUUCAAAUGAUGCGAAAUGAGGGUUUGUUAAGGCCAUUUCGUGGAAUGGGAGCAGUGGUUGCUGGAGCUGGACCAGCACAUGCUUUAUACUUUUCUUGCUAUGAAUUUUUAAAAGAUAAAUUUAUGAGCGCUAAGCCACAAUUUAAUCAUUUCGUAUAUGGUGCAGCUGGUUGUGUAUCAACAAUUCUUCAUGAUGGUGUUAUGAAUCCAGCUGAAGUGAUUAAACAACGGUUGCAAAUGUAUAAUUCUCCUUAUAGAAAUGUUAUCAGCUGUAUAAAACUUGUAUAUAAAAGAGAAGGUAUACGUGCAUUCUACAGAAGUUACACGACUCAGUUGGCUAUGAACGUGCCUUUCCAAAGCAUUCAUUUUAUGUCUUAUGAGUUAGCACAAUCUUUGACAAAUCCAAAUCAUUCUUAUAAUCCACAAGCACAUAUGAUUUCUGGUGCUAUGGCUGGAGCUAUAGCAGCUGGGUUGACAACGCCGUUAGAUGUUUGUAAAACAUUAUUGAAUACACAACAAGAUGGUGUAAAAGCAAAAGGUAUGAUUGAUGCUGUUAAAGAAGUUUACAGGUUGGGAGGAAUAAAAGGAUUUUGUCGUGGGAUGAAUGCUCGUGUUCUUUAUCAAAUGCCAGCCACUGCUAUUUGUUGGACGACAUACGAAUUUUUUAAGUAUAUAUUACGAAGCAAACAAGAAGAUGGACUUAGCAAAGACGUGGAUGAAAAUUCCUUAAGUGGUUUAAAUCAAAGUCAACUCUCUACCUCCAGAAGUAGUAGUUUCCAAGGAACAGGAUUAUACUUUCAGAAUAAUGCUCACACUGGUGUAUUAAUAAAAGCGAGAAGUUAGAAUUUAUUGUAUUACAACAGGAAAAAAAGUUUCUUUUUAAAAUUUCUUUUGUACGUGCAUCUAAACUUGCGUGUGUUAUGCACAACAUUUUAAGUGUAUAUGCGUGUGUAUACACUUAAAGUAAAAUAUUUGGGCGAAUAAUGUAAGUAAUUCUAGUGAUAUUCAAAAUAUAUUUUAUAGAACAAUAACCAAGAUCAAUCGAACCAAGUGUUGUAACAUCGAGUAAAUUCUUUUGGUACGUUUUUUGUAUUAUUUGUCUUGACAACUUUUAAUUAUCAACGGUACAAUUUUUGGUCAGUAGCGAGUAAAUUACUUGGAAUAUAUAUAUUUUGAAAUUAAUUUCAAAUGAACAUUUGACAUCUAUAUAAAGUUGACGGUUUAUUAUUAAAAAAAAACUGUAUAUAGAGUAUAUAUCACCAUUGGUAUUAUUAAUUAACAUAAAUGAACAAAAUGUUAAUUUACAAGUACACAAUUUGAUUAAUAUAAAGCAACAAAAUAUUAAUUCUCUAACAGUGUAAAUAUAUUAUUCUACAAA